CCAAGUGGAUCUUAGAGUGGCAAGACCAUCUCUUCCCUCUCCCCUGGCAGGUGAUUAUAAGGUCGUCAGUGAGCGAUACUGUUUUGUAAUUCAAUAUUUAUCAUGCAUGGAUAUGGGCCUACGUAUACGUACGUUCGUGUACGUCCCACAGGAGUGAAAAUUCCUUUUUCAUGAAAAUCAUCGUGUCAAAUAUUCACUCACAAGAAAAUCGCCAUAGUAAUAAUUAAUCUUGGCCAGUUACUUAAUUUUGUGGUCACUAGAUAUAAUGAUUUGGGUCAUUAAUAGAUCAGUCACUCAACUUUGAUUUUUUAACUAAUAAACUACGUACGAAAUAACUAACAUAUAAGUCACUUCACAGCCCAACAACAUCUUUAUCAAUCGUAUUCACAAAAUGUCGGACUCAGUAUUAUAAUUAGCUAACAUGAACAAUUGUUUUAUUAGUUUUAUAACAUGAACAAUUGUUUUAUUCUAUUCCCGAUGGAAAAAUUAAUUUUGAUUUUGACUUUUUUGAUAGUGGUGACCGGUUAAAAUGAGGUGGAAAUUUUAUUUCUUAUUUACUUAUAAUUAUCACGUCACUCAUUUAACAGUAAAAUUGACUGUCACAACAAAUAAAUUUAAUGGAGACUAACGGAGAGUGACAAAACUUAAACUAUUGAAUUAAUUUUAAUGACUAUGAACGAAAUAAAAUAUUUUUAGUGACUAACCAAACCCAGUACCCAAACGUGAAAUUUACCCAUUUUAAUGAUUGUUUUGGCUGUUAAUUAACAUGCUAAUCUGAUACGAUCUAGUAUUGUGGACCAAAGAGCUUUUUGGAUAGGUUGGCUAUUCUAGUAUUAUGUAUGUUUAUGUUUAUUUUCCAACAUUUAACACCAACACAAACACAAGUUUGUUAAAUAUAUACCAACCUACAAUAAAAGGUAACGAAUACUUGGUUGAAUAAAUUUAUCCACAUGCAUUUCAAUUAGGUACGUGAUAGCAUAUCAUAUCAUAUCGUUGCCAUUCAUCAAUUCACAUAAUCACAUAUAUAUCAACAUUGUAGUAUCGUAGGAAUAUAAUUCUGCUUGUCUUUGGUAUAUUUAUGAAGAUUGGGCAGAAGGCAGAUACAUAGCAUAGCAGCUGCUUGGUUUUACUAUUGCCUGCCAGCAUUGAUGUCUUGGUUUCAAUAUUUUGACCCUACCAAAAUUAUAUAUAGGUGAAACUUAUUGCCGUAAAAAUUUACCGUAUGCAUCCCCAUUAUUAUUGCUUCAACCAUUACCCCUUAUCUACCCUUCUCCGAUCCAACGUAGCUAUUACAGUGCAGGCUGUGCAGCUCCAUCUACAUAAAUUCUCUAAUGGUUAAUACUUUUGUUGGUGGGAGAAUGGAGGUUACUGUACACGCACCAUGCAAGAACUUGUAUUUAUUCCCCGCUAGUCUCCAACACCAACGCAUAAUCAACAGUACUAUUUCCAUUGGCGAAACCCUAGCAAAACUAGACAGCUCCUGAAACAUGUCCACACAACUACUCCUAACCUUCCUUUCCCUAGCCAUCUUCCUAUGCUACUGGCUUCUCAGAAACAAGCACUCACUGCUCUACCAAUGGCCAUUGCUAGGAAUGCUCCCUAGCCUCCUCGUCAACGUGUACGCACUCCACGACUUCAUCAUAGAAUGUUUGAGGCGAUCCGGGGGAACGUUCCUUUUCAAGGGGCCUAGCUUCAUCAAAGCCGACUACCUGGUCAUGAGCGAUCCCGCGAACAUCAAUCACAUCUUCAACAAGAACGCCGCCAACUACGACAAGGGCAAGGACUUCAAGGCCAUAAUGGAGGCUCUGGGCGACGGGAUCUUUAAUGUCGACGGCGACUCGUGGAAGUUACAGAGGAAGCUCCUCCAUUCUUUGUUGAACAACUUCGAGUUCGAGGGACACUCCACGCAGAUCCUCACACAGAAGAUGAGGAGCACCCUUAUGCCGGUCCUCGACAGAGCAGCGAGGAGGAGGACGACGGAGAACGACCAGUUGGUGGACCUACAAGACGUGUUUAAGAGGUUCAUGUUCGACAACAUGUGCCUGUUGGUCUUGGGAUUCGACCCUCAUUACCUCCCCGCCGUGGAGUCCGAAGGAGGCUGCGUCCCUGAUUGUGAAUGUGGCAAGGCAUUCGACGUGCUAGAGAGGGUGGCGAUCUACCGACACAUAGUUCCCGUAUGCCUGUGGAGGCUUCAACAUCGGCUUGGCAUUGGAAUCGAGGGGGAGUGCUUUCGAGCUUGGAGCACCGUAGAUCAGUUCUUGUAUGGUAGCAUCAAGAGGAAGAAGCAAGAAUUAGAGACAAAGCACUCCGUUAGCAAUGAUGUGCAUGAAAGAAAAAAGCUGGAUUUGCUGACACAAGUCUUGGUCAUGAAAGAUGAGGAUGACGGUGCUGACGGAAAAAUCAUUGAUAAAAAAUUCGACAAGUUUCUAAGGGACAUUACAUUAACGUUAAUUGGAGCCGGGAGAGACACCAUCACUGUCGCCCUUACUUGGUUGAUAUGGUGUGUGGCGAACCACCCCGCUAUUGAGAAAAAGAUUCUCGAAGAGCUAAGAAAAGUGAUGGCAGCUCGACGAUUGUCAAGUGAUAUUGAUGGAGAAGAAAGAGAAGGAUUUUUCAGAAAUGACGAAUUGAACAAACUUGUGUACCUUCAUGCAACCAUUUGUGAGACAUUGAGGUUGUACCCACCUGUACCAUUCGAGCACAAGUGUGCCGUGGAGGCAGAUGUCCUUCCAAGCGGGCACACGGUACGUAAAGAAGAGAGGAUAAUAUUCUCCAUAUACGGCAUGGCCAGGAUGGAUGAGAUAUGGGGAGAGGAUUGCUUGGAGUUCAAACCAGAGAGGUGGAUUUCUGAGAAAGGGACGAUACUACAUGUCCCCUCGUACAAGUUCAUGACCUUCUUGGCUGGAGCAAGGACAUGUUUGGGGAAGAAUAUGUCAUUCACGCAAGUCAAGUCCCUGGCUAGUGCUCUCCUUUGGAACUACAAGUUUGAACUUAUAGAUGAUGGUCCCUAUGGAAGGCCAACGAUUAGCCUGGUGUUGUUUAUGAAAGAUGGGUUGAAGACGAGAGUCUCCAAGAGAGACCACUGAGAAUAAUAUUGUUCAUGUUGCUUUCUUAAUAUAUAUUUGUUGUGGUGGUCUAGUUGAAGUGCUUGAUCAUUUGUCAGUAUGUCUAGGGUUUAAUGAGUCGUGUGAGGUCUCUACUUCUUUUUAUAAUUUGUGUUGUCCAUGUGUUUUAUUAUAUUGGGAGGAACUAGCUAGGUUCCCUAUGUUUAUGCUAUUCUUGUGAGGGUUGUUGUACUCUUUGAUUGUUAUAAUUUCAUAUAAGUCCACAUGAGAUAUCUAAGAAUUGAAUUUUCAAUUGGUAUCACAUAUAUGUCAUCAUAUUUAUAUUUUUAAUAGGUCAUGCUCUUAAAAAAAUUGAAUUGAAAAAAUUGCCUUUCUAGGAAUGAAGGAACGAGGCGAAUAAGAAUUUGAUCCUAGCAUAAUGUAACUGGAGGUCUCAUAUUUGAAUACUUAAUGUAGCACCUAAUUAAAAAAUAAACUUAUAUCCCCUUAUAAGUAAAAAGGGAAGUAGGGAGACUGAAUUUAAACUUGAGACUCCUUUUCAAAUAAAUUUGAAAAAAUUAAUCUCACCCAUCGGAAACCAUAACCGUCUUGAAAAAUCAAUAACAUGGUGUCGAAGGUCACAUAGCCUAGCGAUGAACGCUCGUAGUCGCUCGUUGCGGAAAGUUGGAGGUCCCGUAUUUGACCGCCCCUCGAGGCCACUGUUGUGUUCCCAAAGACAUGUUUAGUUGUUGUGGGUAAUUUAGUUGUUGUGGGUAAAGCUUUGUUGGCAUGUAAAAUGUGCAGGUGGCCCCAAGUUUGGUUUCGCUCGGUAAUCGCAAAAUGUAAUGCGUGCAUAUUGGAUUAUAAAAAAAAAUAAUAACGGUCGUGAUGGCCCGACAAAUUCUGAGCUUUAGUGUAUGGCAGUGGACAUGAGGCCCAGGAAUAGGAGAACGCAAACUUAGCCCAUUUGAACACUCGACAAAAGAUAUUCCAACACAGAUGUGAAUUUCCUGCAAUAUGAUAAGGAAAACAACCCAGCAAACAAAUGGAAACCUACCAACGCAGUGGAGUGGCGGAUGGGCAGUUGAGGUGACACAGUAAUUUUUAUGUUAAUGCAAAAUUAUUUUGACACCUUUUAUUUUUGAAAAUUAAUAAUAUCUAAACCUAUGAAAAAAAUACAAUCUAUGAUAUCAGAAAAUUAAAGCCACCAUUCAUUACAAUUAGACAUUAGUCAUCUUAUUGACGAAGCAAUACAUUAGACAUAUUUAU